GUUCGCGGUCGCCAUCGGUACCGGCACCGGCCGAGCGCGAGGCGAUGCUGAGCCUGCUGGAGGUGGGCGGCAGCCUGCUGGAGCGGGCCGCCGUCGGCAACCCGCUGUCCCUGCUGCUGGCCGCCUCCGCCUUCGCGCUCAGCCUCGGCUACCUCUUCCAGCUGGGAUACCGCCGCCACGUCGGGGCCGGCCGGACGAACCACCCUCCUCACAUCCCCUCGAGCAUCCCAUUCCUCGGACAUGCCGUAGCGUUUGGAAAGAGCCCUAUUGAGUUUCUGGAAAAUGCCUAUGACAAGUACGGACCUGUGUUCAGUUUCACUAUGGUUGGCAAGACGUUUACGUACCUGCUGGGCAGCGAUGCUGCUGCGCUGCUGUUCAACAGCAAAAAUGAAGACUUGAAUGCAGAAGAUGUGUACUCCAGGCUGACCACACCAGUCUUUGGAAAGGGGGUGGCUUACGACGUCCCUAACGCGGUAUUUUUGGAACAGAAGAAGAUGCUCAAAACUGGGCUAAACAUUGCUCAGUUUAAGCAGCAUGUAACUCUGAUUGAAGAAGAAACAAAGGAAUAUUUCAAAGCCUGGGGAGAGAGUGGAGAAAGAAACCUGUUUGAAGCCUUUUCAGAACUUAUCAUUUUGACAGCAAGUCACUGCUUGCAUGGGAAAGAAAUAAGAAGCUUACUAAAUGAGAAGGUGGCUCAGCUGUAUGCUGACCUGGAUGGGGGCUUUACUCAUGCUGCGUGGCUUCUGCCAGCCUGGCUACCUCUGCCCAGCUUCAGGCGUCGAGACCGAGCACACAGAGAAAUAAAGAACAUUUUCUACAAGGUUAUCCAGAAGCGUCGGAGUUCUGAGGAGAAGGAGGAUGACAUGCUCCAAACUCUACUUGAUGCUUCAUACAAGGAUGGCCGCCCACUGACAGAUGACGAGAUAGCAGGGAUGCUCAUUGGGCUGCUGCUGGCAGGGCAGCACACAUCCUCAACCACGAGUGCCUGGCUGGGCUUCUUCAUAGCCAGAGACAAAGCGAUACAGGAGCAGUGCUACGCAGAGCAGAAAGCCGUCUGUGGAGAUGAUUUGCCACCAUUAACUUACGAACAGCUCAAGGAUCUCAGCUUGUUAGAUCGCUGCCUAAAAGAAACCUUAAGGCUGAGACCUCCUAUAAUGACCAUGAUGAGACUGGCCAAAACUCCACAGACGGUCGCAGGAUACAGCAUUCCCCCCGGCCAUCAGGUCUGCGUGUCCCCCACCGUCAACCAACGCCUGAAGGACUCCUGGAAGGACGCCCUGGACUUCAAACCUGACCGCUAUCUCCAGGACAACCCGGCAGCUGGGGAGAAGUUUGCCUACAUUCCGUUUGGUGCUGGCCGUCAUCGCUGUAUUGGAGAGAACUUCGCUUACGUUCAGAUCAAGACUAUCUGGUCCACUUUGCUUCGUUUGUAUGAAUUUGAUCUCAUCAAUGACUACUUUCCAAGUAUAAAUUAUACAACCAUGAUACAUACACCUAAUAACCCAGUUAUCAGAUAUAAGAGGAGGGCACUGUAAGUUCUGGAGCUAAAACCUUGAAUUGUACAAACUAACAGACUUCUGGUGAAAUAAUUGUGACGAAAUGAAUGGCAAAUGGAAACUGUUCCACGUACUGUAUAGAGACAGGCCUGCACUCUCUUUGCAUCUGUUUUGUUCAUUUCCCCACACCGUUUAGUGUUGCUGUGUGUAACUGCUUGUUCUACCAAUUUCUUGGUGCUUUUAUUGAAAGAAAAACUGUCUUCUAUGUGUGUAACACUUCUAAGGUGUGCAUGCCUCCCUCCCCCCCGGCCUUUAAGUGAAGAAAUGUUUUUUAAAGCAAAGAUUCCAGUUGAUAGAAAAAAGAAAA